UGUGUAUGUAUGUAUAUUUAUACAGUAUGUAUGUACGUGACGUGGGAAAGAAGCAAAGCAAGAAUAAACUCUUGGCCUGGACGGCUUAAUUUAGAUUAAUAACAGUACGUACUACGAAUUGACCAUUCUUUUCCUAGCUUUCUUCGCCAAAAUAAUAAAUCUCUGAUCUCUAUUCUCUCUAAUAUUAUUCAUUAUGAUGAAACAGUAGUAUUACAUAUACUACUACACCCCCCUUCCUAUACUGAUCAUCAUCCAAUGCCGAGAUCAGUUUCGAUUCCACCCUCCUUCUCUUCAUUAUCUUGCUCUCCCAAAUUGUCCAAUCUCGGUACCAGGCGAUCGCGCUGGCGUCACCACAGCCACCGCGAUCGCCUGCACCAAUCAUCAUCAUCGUCAUCGUCAUCCAAGAAAGUCCUAUUCCAACCCAAUAAUAAUAAUAAUAAUAAUAAUAAUAAUAAUAAUAAUAAUAAUAAUAAUAAUAAUAAUUCUCAUCAUCAUCAUCAUCGUCCUCUUCAAUCUUUUGGGAGAUUUUGUUUAGCCUUUGGAAAGCGCAGAUACAAGGCUAAAGAAAACCUCAAAGCUCAUGAUGGAGCAGCAGAAGAAGAGGACUACUACGAUUAUUAUGAUGACAACCAAAAAAAUAACCGCAAAGGAUACAGUCCUUACUACAGAGGACUUUUAGCAAACACCUCGCCUUCAAUACCCGCCGACCAGACCCAUUAUGCCGUACCUUCUUCUCCUGAUGCAUUUAGCAGCUCAUCAUUCGCUUCCACCAUCUUUAUCAGGGUUCAAGAAGCACUGGGAAAUUCCUGCUUUCAGUCAAAAACAUCAUCAUCAUCAACCACCAAGAAGGAAAGCGAGAAAAACAACGAUGAUGAUGAUGAUUAUCAGAAUGAUCCGGUGGUGCCCCCAAACAGUACGGCUGAAGAUUCAAGUAGAAGUAGUGUUGGUGUGGUCGACGUCGUCGUUGACCGACCUUCUCCGUUGUUGUCAAUAAUGGAGAGUAGGGGUAUUGAUAAUGGUGGUGGUGAUCAGAUAAAGAAGCCAUUGAGGGAGAGUUAUGAAGGAGGACGACCAGGUGAGCCUCCUUUGUCCAAUGAAGCAAAGAGAGUAUUUGAAUGGGCUGACAAGUAUCGGCCUAAAGCUUUGGAACAUUUCAUAUGUAAUCAAAACAAGGCAAAUGAGCUCCACCUUCUGGCAAAAAGGGGAGAAUGUGGACAUUUCAUAUUUCAAGGGCCAGCAGGUGCGGGUAAGAGGACCAUGAUCUGGGCUAUGCUGAGAGAGCUUUUUGGUCAUGAUUCCUUACACCAAGCCAGUGAAGAAUUCAGAGUUUUCAGUUUACAGGGUGAAGAAGUAGGAAGUAUUAAAGUACUAGUAAAGAAUUGUCCACGGCUAUUAGAAAUUAAUAUUUCAGAUAUUAAAGGCUAUGAGAAGCAUGUUAUUUACGAACUCAUCAUGGAAGGUGUAUCUCACAAGAACCCCUCUUUGCCAUGCAAACCACUACCAGACAACUGCCGAGCAAUAAUCUUUUAUGGAGUGGACAAGCUAUCAUCGGACGCCAUUCUAUACAUUAAGUGGCUGUUGGAAAGGUAUAAUGUGUGUAAUAAGAUCUUUUUCUGCUGUUCCGAUGCUUCAAAGCUUCAGGCCCUUAAAACUACUUGCACUGUGGUUCAACUCUUACCCCCUUCAAGAACUGAGAUAAUUAAAGUUUUGAAGCUCAUUGCUGAUAAGGAAGAGAUAGAUUUGCCUGAUAAAUUAGCUGAAAAGAUUACUGAUGCUUCUAAAAAAAAUCUUCGCCAAGCCAUUCGUUCAUUCGAGGCAACUUGGCUAAAACAUUAUCCCUUUACAGAAGAUCAAGUAAUUCUGAAUGGUUGGGAAGAUGAUAUUGCCAAUAUUGCUAAGAACAUGAUUGAAGAGCAAGGCCCAAAACUAUUAUAUAUCAUCCGGGGAAAGCUUCAAAAUCUUGUAGAGCAUGAUGUGUCUCCUGAGCUUAUUUUCCAGUCAUUGGCAGAAGAAGUGAUGAAGCGUUUGGAUGAUGAGACGUUUAAGAGCCGGGUUCAUAAUCUUUAUGCGGAAUACAGUAGAAUAGAUGAGAGUUAUUUGGAGAGUAGCAAAGGGCCUGCACAUACAAGAAAGAGUACUAAUGCUCAGCAGUACAUGAGGAUUGAAGAGUUUAUAGCCAAAUUCAUGAGCUACUAUAAGACUGAAGCUACCAAAAUCAUGCAGCAGGAAAAUGAAAGUCGUAAUAGUGAAAUAUAAAGGGAAUGAUGAUAUCCCCUUCUCAUAAAUAUCUAGAAAAACAAGAGUAGAUAAUAAGUUUUUCUAAAGGAAUAUGUAAUCUUUUAUACUAUAUUGCUGGAAACUAAUGGCUUUCCGUACAACUUUGAACAGCAUACUCUGAAAUUACAAGGAAUAAGAUACACAAGAUGUGAAGAAAAUGUUUGUUGAAGCUUAAUUACUCCCAACAAACAGAAACUUUUUCUAUGUUA